AUGUAUCAUAAAGUACGACCUAAGAGUUUGCAAAACGAGAAAUAUCACCCUCAACUUGCUGCCGAUAACGUAACCGAAUUGGCUGAUAAAUUACUUGCCUUUGGUGGAUUACUUUUAUAUCCUUUUGAUUCAUAUUCUACCGUUAAUCAAGAACUUCAAAAUCUUAAUGAUUUAUUAGUUUAUAAAUAUGGCAAUGGAACAUAUCCAACACGAAAUAUUAUUCGUCGUUUAGCACCAAAAUGUGAUGAUAUAAUAAAACGUUGUGUACUAAAAGGAAAAGUUUUGAAAUGCAGUGAAGUUUUCUUCUUGAGGACAACAACAUCUGGAGUUUGUUGUUUAUUUAAUUAUAGACGAGUUAGUUAUACUGAUGACAAAGAACUCCACGAGCGCGAAGUAAGAGCUUACAAUAAGAGUAGCAAAAUCCAUUUUGACGCUUCGGGGUACCUCAACUCACUACAGUUGGUUCUUCAAGACAAUCCUGAUGACUACACUUUGAAAGAAUACCCUUCCGAUGUCUUUAGGGUUCUACUGUUUUAUCCAGAAAACUAUCCUGAUACCGAGAUCGGAAGUGUAAUCCGUACCUUAGUCGCAUACAAUGAGGAAACAGAAAUUUCAAUUCAGCCUGAAAUUCUUGAAGGUUCCGAUAGAAUGAGACAAUUUUCGGCAAAAAUGAGACAUUGUUAUUUCUUAGAAGAGGGACAACAGUUAUUGCAACAAAAAUUUUACUCCUUUAGUGAAUGCAUUUUAAAUUGUAGAACUAUCAGUGUUGUAAAUCAUUGUGGCUGUGUUGUGCCAGUUUUGCCAGGAUUCAUAGGAGGGGUACCUUACUGCGUUCUUAUAGAUGUACCAUGUAUAGCAUUAUGGAAGUCCAUCUGGUGGCAAUGGAAUGCAUUUGAUUAUGUCUCCGAGAAAAGACAACCACAACCAACUUUGGAACUAUGUAAACAUUGUCUGCCAAGUUGUGAUGUAGUAAGCUACAAAGCGAAUGUUAACUCAAGACCACUGAAUAUUCCACCAAAUGGAGCUAAUUUUUCAGCAGGCUUACUGAAUGGUUUGUCCCCAACGAAACCGACAACAGCAAUCAGAUUUUUCUAUCAAUCGGCGUUUUCACAAGUCAAAACACAUGACAUAAGCGGUGAUUGGGUUGUACUUUUGGGUCGAUAUGGAGGAAUCUGUUCUGUGAUGUAUGGAUUUAGUAUUGUUGCCAUUAUUGAACUUUUAUACUUUGUCACUGGAAAAUGGUUUGCUUUAUGGUGGAAAGCAAUUGUUCAAUGCUACAGAAAUCGUCAGUUGCGAAAAGUUGCAAGUGCAAAACAUCAAGACCUCUAUUGGAAUGAAUUGAAACCAAAAGGAGCUUUUGCGAUGAGAGAAAAGCUAAAUGAUUUUUAA